UAGAAGGAAAGCCCAAGUUCUAGAAACCAUCAAGAUGAAGUUUGACAGUCUCCUUGAUGAGGUUAAUGGCUUAGGGAAAUUCCAGAUUCUUAUUGUCAUCUUGCUGGUGGUUCCACGUUUUAUCUUGCCCUGCCACUUCCUCCUGAAUAACUUCAUUGCGGCCAUGCCGUCCCACCACUGCAACAUCACCGCCCUGGUCGAUGGAGACAUCUUCGAGAAUCUGACCCAGGAGCAGAGGCUGACUGUCUCCAUUCCAGCACAGGAGGAUGGAACCCUGAGUUCCUGUGAGAUGUUCCCUCAGCCGCAGCUCCAUCUGCUGUAUGGACCAUCCAACACUACAGACACUCCUGCAGUUGAGUGUCAGAACGGAUGGGUCUAUGACACCAGCACUUUCACCUCCACAAUAGCUACGGAGUGGGAUCUGGUCUGUAACAAGAAGGGCAUGAAUAAGGCCACGGCUACUGUCUUCUUCUGCGGCGUCAUGCUUGGAGCUGUGAUUUUCGGCACCCUCUGUGACAGGUUUGGCAGGAAGAGCAUGCUGUUGCUGUCCUAUGUGUGUGCCAUGGGCUUUGGGCUUACCAGUGCCUUCUCCAGCUCCUACACAAUGUUUGCUGUCAUGAGAUUCUUCACCGGACUGGGACUUACUGGAAUCAGCAUCAUUUCCAUUGUUCUCAGUAUCGAGUGGGUUGAUGUUCAGCACAGGACCCUUAUUGGAGUGAUUGGCAGCAUGGCCUGGACUGUCGGAAACAUGCUGUUGGCAGGACUUGCAUAUGCGGUCAACGACUGGCGAUCGCUGCUGAUUACUGUCACUGCUCCUCUGGGUUUCGCAAUCAUCACUUGGUGGUGGAUACCAGAGUCAGCCAGGUGGCUGAUAGCCAAUGGGAAGGUGGAAAAAGCUCAUUUCUAUUUGCAGAAAUGUGCAAAAUGUAACAGAAAGCAAGAGUUUUCAUCGAAAAUCAAGCCAGAGAUGCUCUCCAGCAUUGUGAUGGUUGAAAAGCAGAAUAAGAGCUACACUUAUGUGGACUUAGUGAGAACCCCCAAGAUGAGGAAACUGGCCAUAUUAUCAGGGAUGGUUUGGUAUGGAGUGGCUUCCACAUAUUAUGGGAUAAGCUUGAACAUCUCUGGAUUUGGCCUGAACAUUUAUCUCACCCACUUCAUUUAUGCUGCCAUUGAAUUUCCUGCUAAACUCAUGGUGUAUUUCUUCCUGGACAAAAUUGGCAGAAGACACUGCCAAGCAGGAACGCUCCUUUUGACUGGAACUUGCAUUGCAAUUAACAUUUUUUUGUCAAAGGAAUUGUACCCCACUGUCGUCAGGCAAAAUGGCAUGGGCUACAAUAGCUUCAUGGGUCGCCUGGGUGCUUCGAUCACUCCUCUGGUCUUGCUACUGGAGGAUGUGUGGAAACUCCUUCCCCAGGUCAUUAUCUGUGCAUUGGCCAUGCUCUCCGGCCUGGUGGCCCUGUUACUUCCGGAGACCCAUAACAUCCGCUUGCCAGAGACGAUUGAGGACAUCGAAAAGCCUGGGAAUUCAUCACCUUGUGUUGCAGCCCAAGAAAAGUGUGAGCAGCCACUCAAACCCCUGACCAGCGAUUUUCUCCUGAACAAUUUCAUUGUGGCUGUGCCGUUCCAUCGCUGCAACAUCACCGCCCUGGACGAUGGAGAUAUCUUCGAGAAUCUAACCCAGGAGCAGAGGCUGACUGUCUCCAUUCCAGCACAGGAGGAUGGAACCCUGAGUUCCUGUGAGAUGUUCCCUCAGCCGCAGCUCCAUCUGCUGUAUGGACCAUCCAACACUACAGACGCUCCUGCAGUUGAGUGUCAGAACGGAUGGGUCUAUGACGCCAGCACCUUCACUUCCACAACCGCUAUGAAGGAGUCUCACUCUGCAGAGCCCAGUUUUGUGGUGUCAUCCAAACUGGUGUCCAGUUACCUGCUGUACAUCACUCCUGGUUCUUGUUUCUUGUCAGAUCUUGCAGUUUUGGCAACCAAAAUGAAGUUUGAUACCAUCAUUGCUGAAAUCAAUGGUUUCGGACAGUUUCAAGUGAUGGUAAUUCUGCUACAGUGCAUCUCUCGCUUCACCCUGCCGUUCCACUUCUUGCUGAAUAACUUCAUUGCGGCCGUGCCAUCUCACCACUGCAACAUCGCUGCCCUGGAUGACAGAGACAUCUUCAAGAAUCUGAGCCAGGAGCAGAGGUUGACUGUUUCCAUUCCAGCCCAGGAGGAUGGAACCCUGAGUUCCUGUGAGAUGUUCCCUCAGCCGCAGCUCCAUCUGCUGUAUGGACCAUCCAACACUACAGACACUCCUGCAGCUGAGUGUCAGAACGGAUGGGUCUAUGACACCAGCACCUUCACUUCCACAAUAGCUACAGAGUGGGAUCUGGUGUGUGGGAAGAAGGGCAUGACUAAAGGCACAGCCACCAUCUUCUUCAUCGGCCUGAUGUGUGGGGCCGUGGUGUUUGGCAUCCUCAGUGACAGAUUUGGCAGGAAGACCAUGCUACUGGUGACCUACCUGUUAGCAUUAACCUUUGGUCUAGCGAGUGCUUUCUCGACCUCCUAUAUGAUGUUUGCAAUCAUGAGGUUUUUUACAGGUUUUUCUCUAACAGGAAUAAGCAUCAUUUCUAUUAUUCUCAGUGUGGAGUGGUGUGGCAUUGAAAACAGGACAGUUGCGGGAGUCAUUGUGAGUCUGGACUGGAGUCUCGGGAGCAUGAUGCUUUCAGGAAUUGCAUAUUUGGUGAAUGACUGGAGGUGGUUGAUUGUCGCAGUCACCUCACCUCUUUUUUUGGCAGUCAUUGCCUGGUGGUGGCUACCGGAAUCUGCAAGGUGGCUCAUCGUCAAUGGAAAAGUGAAGCGAGCCCACAUGUACCUGGAAAAGUGUGCAAAAAUGAACAACAGGGCACAAUUUAUGUCUGAAAUUAUGCCAGAGACUCUUUCUUAUGCCAAGGUGAAGGAGAACAGCAACAGGAAAUAUACCUACUUAGACCUGAUCCGAACACCUAACAUCAGAAAGUUGUCCUUAUUCACUGGGAUCUGUUUUGAAAUUUUCCUCUUUCACAGGUACGGAGUGGCAUUCACAUAUUAUGGGAUCAGCUUGAACAUCGGCGGGUUUAACUUGAACAUCUAUCUAACCCAGUUCAUCUACGGUGCCAUUGAAAUGCCUGCUAAGAUCGGUACCUAUUUCUGUUUGAAUAAAUUUGGCCGAAGAACUACACAGGUUGGCACUCUGUUUUUAACGGGAGUCUGCAUUGCAAUCAACCUCUUCGUUCCCAGCGAUAUGGGAGUUUUUCGAACCGUAGUGGCGGUCCUGGGGAAAGGUCUGGCGGAAGCGUCUUUCACCACGAUCUACUUAUACACGGCUGAGCUCUACCCCACGGUGGUUAGGCAAAACGGUCUGGGCUACGUGUCCUGUAUGGGCCGACUGGGCGUUUCCAUGGCCCCCCUGGUGUUGCUACUGGAGGAUGUGUGGAGGCCCCUCCCACAGGUCAUAUUCUGCUCAGUGGUCAUCACCUCCAGCCUAAUGGCAUGGCUUCUCCCAGAGACUCUUAAUGCCCGCCUCCCAGAGACUAUAGAAGAUAUAGAGGCGAGGAAAAACACGGUAGACCUGUUGGAGCAAGAAAAGGCUGACAAACACCUGAAGUGUCGAAAUAGUGAUGGAAAUGAGAACUGAUGCCCGAGUCUUCAGAGUCGCAAUCUUCCACAUCGGCGGUCCAUACCUGAGUUGGGAUGAGUGUAGCGGUUGUGCCAUGACCAUCGAACUUGUCCUGAGUGCAAGCGCACCUGUUGU